AGUAACUUGAUUCUCUAGCAGAAAAACGAAACUUUUAAGAAGAGGGCUGUGAGGACUGUGAGAGAGAGAGGACCAAGAUUCUGUGUUGUGAGUAAAUAUUUUGUCUGUGAUCAAAACAUCCAGAGAUGAGGCGUUCUCAGUUCAGGAACUCUACCAGUCUGCAUGGAGCUGCCCAGUCCCCAGUAACUCAGCUGCGGUUGGUGCUGGUGGGCAGAACUGGUUCAGGUAAAAGUGCCACUGGAAACACCAUCUUGGGUGAAGAAUGUUUCCCAUCUAAACUGAGCAUGAACUCAGUGACAAAGCAAUGCAAGAAGGCAUGUGGAGUAGUUCAUGGGCGGAGCCUAGCGCUGAUUGACACUCCUGGCUGGUUCGACACCUCCCUCCAGCAAAAUGAGAUAGCACAGGAAGUGUCUAGAUGUCUGACCAUGUGUUCACCUGGACCACAUGCAUUUCUGCUCAUCAUACCACUCGCUCGCUUCACAGAGGAGCAGCAGCAGACUGUAGAUAUGAUUGAGGAGGCUUUCAAGAAGAACAUGAGUGAUCACACAAUCAUCAUAUUUACCCAUGCAGACGAGCUGGAAGGAGAGCCCAUUGAGCAGUUCAUAUCAAAACAGGGCCAGAAAAUCCAGGAUAUUAUUGCACGUUUCGGUGGGCGUUUCCUGGCUUUCAACAAUGAGAACCCAGAGAACCAGGACCAGGUGAAACAGCUCCUGAAGAAGCUGGAUGAGUUGCUGGAACAGAACGAGUACCGUCACUUCACCAACCAGAAAACGGAGCAUCCAGAGAUGAGGCGUUCUCAGUUCAGGAACUCUACCAGUCUGCAUGGAGCUUCCCAGUCCCCAGUAACUCAGCUGCGGUUGGUGCUGGUGGGCAGAACUGGUUCAGGUAAAAGUGCCACCGGAAACACCAUCUUGGGUGAAGAAUGUUUCCCAUCUAAACUGAGCAUGAACUCAGUGACAAAGCAAUGCAAGAAGGCAUGUGGAGUAGUUCAUGGGCGGAGCCUAGCGCUGAUUGACACUCCUGGCUGGUUCGACACCUCCCUCCAGCCAAGUGAGAUAACGGAGGAAGUGCUAAGAUGUCUGACCAUGUGUUCACCUGGACCACAUGCAUUUCUGCUCAUCAUACCACUCGCUCGCUUCACAGAGGAGCAGCAGCAGACUGUAGAUAUGAUUGAGAAGGCUUUCGAGGAAAACAUGAGUGAUCACACAAUCAUCAUAUUUACCCGUGCAGACAAGCUGAAAGGAAAGCCCAUUGAGCAGUUCAUAUCAGAACAGGGCCAGAAAAUCCAGGAUAUUAUUGCACGUUUCGGUGGGCGUUUCCUGGCUUUCAACAACAAGAACCCAGAGAACCAGGACCAGGUGAAACAGCUCCUGAAGAAGCUGGAUGAGUUGCUGGAACAGAACGAGUACCGUCACUUCACCAACCAGAAAACGGAGGUUGUAGAGAAGGCACUAGCAAUGUUGGAACAGAAAAAGCAAGAAAAACUAGCUGAAUCAAUUAAGAAGGCCAAGCAGGAAGUAAGGCAGAUGGCUGAACAUCGCAAGGCUGACAUCAUUAAAAACCUGGAGGAGGAGAAGCAAGAGAUAGAAAGAUGCAGGAGUCACAUCAAGGUUGAAAUCCUCCAUUUAACAGCAGAAAUUAACAAAGAAAAUGAAAACCUUUAUAAAGAUCCACACAGGCUGCAGUUGCUGCAGGGAUCUCUACAGGGUGCAAAAAACAGCCUCAGAAGGCUAGAGGAAGAGAAGGAGUUAAGGGUAAAGGAAAGUGCAAAAAAGAAAAAAGAAUUAGAAAUAUGGAUCAAGGAAGAAGAACAGAGAAGAGAGCAAGAGGAGAGAGAAAAGGCUUCAAAUGAGGAUGAAAGCAAAUGGUAUUACAAUGAAAAAUAUUUCACUAUUCUGAAGUACCUCAUCAUUUUUUUGGGAGGUGCUGGAGCUGGAUUUGCGCUGGCACCUGCACUUUUUAUGACCGCUGCAGCACCUGUAGGACUGGCAGCAGAGUUAACCGCACUGCUCGGACCAGAGCUUGCAGCCAUCGUGAUGGCAGCAGCUACAAAAGCAGCUCCUUUAAUGGGUGCAGCAACAAAGGUAGCUCCAUUGGUGACUGGCCUUUGUUCCAUUCAAUAACACAAAAGCCAAAACAUAUGUCUGUAAGUUUGGAGAAAUCUAUAAUGUUGUCAUCCUCUAGUCCAAGCGUGUAAAACAGGCACAGAAAAUGAAUGUAGAAUCCGUGUUCUAAUUUAUUACUGUGUGGUGAACCAUAAUUGAAUUAAAAGAUAAGAAAAAAGAGCUAGUAUCUGUUUUUCUACUAGAGAGCAAAAUAGACCAAUAAAUUGAUCCGUAAUUCUCCAUUAGAAAGCUACGAAUUUUACAUAUAAUCCUAACUGGGUCCAUUUCCUAAUUAAGUCCAUGUAUUAGUCCAGUAUAAUCCUAAUUAAAUCCAUUUCAGUUCCAGUUUGUAGCGCUACAAAAUUUGGAAAGGUUCAAGGGGGUUAACAUUUAUGCAAAACACUGUAUGGUAAAACCAUAAUUUAGAAAUGAACAUGCUAAUGGUAAUGAAUUGUUCAUUUGUUUUGUAGGUGAUACAGUGUAUAUUCAAUCUGGCCCACUUGACAUUGGACUAAGUGUCAUGUGGCCUGUUACCUAAAAAGUGAUUAACACCCCUGUUCUAGUCUGUCUGAUGAUAUCAGAUGUUUGUAGUGUGUAGGAAGAAUAAGAAAAUGAACAUUUUUAUUACAAUCAUAAUCUGUUUUAUUAUUCAUUUUGCAUAUACUAAUCGCAGUCAUUGUACUGCUUGCAUUCUUCGCUACUUAGUGUAAAGCAGCUCUGUCUUUGGGCUUUCCUUUGAUGCAUUAAUUACAAAAUAUUUUACUGCUUACAGAAAAAAACAAUAUAUUAACUAGAACUGUAAUUCGAAAUACUUUUAUGUUAAUAUACUACUAGUAUGUACACAUUCAAUUAAUCAGAUACAUAAGUGUGUUUCCAUGUAACAAAGUGUGGGGUUCAUAGAUAUUAUUGCAAUGAUAAUGUAUCCUAUAAAAUAAAACAAAUUUGAGAUUUUUCCA